AUGGUAGAGCAUGAGGAGAUUUAUCAUCAAUAUGAUGAUGGGAAUGGAAACCAGAAGCACGAUUGGAUCUCAAGUAAAAACCUUCAUGAGUUGCGACCAAACUUUGGAAGAGCAUAUUUAGCUGGGAUGUCUAGAGAUUCUUUGGAGAUGCUACUUGAGAGAUCCCUUCAUGACUUGGAAGUUGGAAUUGGUGUGAAUGGCAUAGAGUUUGACUACCACUAUAUGGUUUGUUCAGAAUGUCAUAAGCAUGAGGAGAUUUAUCAUCAAUAUGAUGAUGGGAAUGGAAACCAGAAGCACGAUUGGAUCUCAAGUAAAAACCUUCAUGAGUUGCGACCAAACUUUGGAAGAGCAUAUUUAGCUGGGAUGUCUAGAGAUUCUUUGGAGAUGCUACUUGAGAGAUCCCUUCAUGACUUGGAAGUUGGAAUUGGUGUGAAUGGCAUAGAGUUUGACUACCACUAUAUGGUUUGUUCAGAAUGUCAUAGUAUGUCAAAGGAUGCAGAAUCAUUAGAGCAAUCAUGA